AUACGCGUCUCCUGUGGACAGUUUCAUGUUCAGGAUACACUUCCUGAGCUGGGAGGUGAUGAUGAGAGAGACCUUUAUGGCUACCGUCAUUGAAGAGCACUGUCACCAGAGGCCUGACAAACCUGGUCACACCAACACUGCUAACGGUGUCCCAGACACCACCGCAAAUCCGUGGGCACCAGGUCUUGCUGAGGAAGACUUUUUCGAGAAACCCACGCUAAGCAUUGCCAAAGACCACAUUGUCAUCUUCCCAGGAGACACUCUAAAAAUAAAAUGCAGGGGAGCACCUUCUGUGAGCUGGCUUCUGCGGGGGGAGCAGAAGGAAGACCCCCGGGUGCACAUCAGCAGCUGUCGCAAUAACACGCGGCAAAGCUGCCGCAUGCUGGUCGUCAGGAAAGUCAACGCUAACGACACUGGUUACUUCACCUGCAUUCAUGACACCUCCCCAUCUAAAGAGGAUCUCAUGGCCAAGAUUUAUGUGUUUGUUAAAGACUACAGGAAUCCAUUUGUGGAGAUUCACCCGGAACAUCCCAAAAUAAUCUACAUUUUAGAUGCUAAGGAAGCGGUUGUCAUCCCUUGCCGAGUUACCUCGCCAGAUAUCAAACCUAAGCUUACCCAGUAUCCUGUUUCCGUAGAGAUGAACUUCAAGAGGAUGGUGUGGGACCCAAAGAGAGGAUUUGUCAUCCCCUCUCAGUCGUUUGUCUACUCUGGGGUACUCACCUGCACUGCAAACGUCAGCGGAAGCGUGUUCACCUCCUACUACCUAGCCCAGAGACUGGAGGCCAGAGCACAGAACCUGGCUCUGAAAGCAACCCCCAAAAAACUGCUGGUUGGAGAAACUCUCCAUUUGGAAUGCACAGCAGAAACCUUCAUCAACGGGCGCGUCGAGUUCAUCUGGACAUGUCCUAAUGGGAGACAACAUUAUCCUAAAAGAACACUAGACCAGAGCGACACGGUGUAUAAAGUCGGUAGUAGCCUGACAAUCGAAAACGUCACCGUGCAAGACGGAGGCCUUUACGUCUGCAAAACAUUCAACGUAACAAAGCUGGAGGCCAACGUCACGGUGACAGUGUACGACAAACCCUUCAUUACGGUUUUACAUAAGAAACUUUACUACGAGAUCACCUCAGGCCACAAGUCACUGAAACUAGCUGCAAAGGUGGACGCCUUUCCUCGUCCGAGUGUCUCCUGGUACAAGGAUGGCAAACUCAUCAAGGAUAACCACACCUGCUACGAGCCAGAGCCAAUGAAGUACAGACUGGGCAUUAGAGACGUGAGGCCAAAGCACGCUGGAAACUACACCAUUGUCUUGAGCAAUGCAAAAUACGGCCUGUUUAAGAACCUCACCAUGCAGCUGGUAGUGAGAGAGAGGCCCAAAAUUUAUGAAAAGGAAACUGAUUUUGAUAAGAUCGAGCGGGUGCAAUUAAGAAGCAAACACAAAAUCCAGUGCACGGCAAGCGGGAAUCCUGACCCAGAGAUCGAGUGGAAGUGGCAGCCCUGCAGCCUCACGGACACGCUGUGCAACCCCCAGGGGCAAAAAAUUGCGGUUGAGGAGAACACGUUCCUAGGCAACAAGAUCGGAAGCAUCGAAAACAUCCCCUUGAAGCACGAGGAUAAAAGAAAGAUUGUGAGCACACUGACUGUGGAGAACAGCAGCGCAUCGGGAAUCUAUUACUGCGUGGCUUCCAACAAGAUCGGCAAAGAAGAGAGGAGCAUUAAGUUCUACGUCUCAGAUGUGCCCUCUGGGUUGCAAACAGACUCCCAAGUCACAACCAUAGUGGGGAACGACGUGCAGCUGACCUGCCGUGCCUCCAGGUACAUCUACAGUCACCUGGCGUGGUACUACCCCUCCUCGGAGGCGGCUCUCAGCGGCUCGGUGAUCAAGAAAACAGACAACUAUUCCAUUUCUCUGACCUUGGUCAUUACUAACGUCACGAAGGAGCAGAGCGGCCUCUACAAGUGCAGAGCCCAGAACCAGCACAACAGCACCGACACACUGGAGCAGCUCACUCAGCUCCUCGUCAGAGCAAGGGCAGCGCCAUACGUGAUACAAAACCUCACGGAUCUGGAGGUUAACAUCAGCGGCAAGAUCGUCCUGGAGUGCAAAGUCAGCGGAACGCCAGAACCUCAGAUCACGUGGAGGAAGAACGGUUACCCCAUCGCGGCAGCAUCAGGAAUUUCCAUGGAAAAUAACACCCUGGUCAUUGAGCGAGUGAAAAAGGACGACGAAGGGCUCUAUGAAUGCAAAGCAUCCAACGACAUGGGCCAAGACAGCACCUCCGCCUUCAUUAAAAUACAAGGAUCUGAGGAGAAAUCCAACAUCGAAGUGAUCAUUUUGGUCUGCACUGGUCUAGCCGCUACGCUCUUCUGGCUGCUUCUGACCUUAUUCAUUCGGAAACUGAGAAAACCUGAUGCCACAGAUAUUAAAACAGGAUACCUGUCAAUUAUAAUGGAUCCAGAGGAAAUGCCUCUCGACGAGCAGUGUGACCGACUUCCCUACGACAGCAGUAAAUGGGAGUUCCCGAGAGACAGACUGCGCCUGGGUAAAACACUGGGUCAUGGUGCUUUUGGGAAGGUGGUGGAGGCGUCUGCUUUUGGCAUUGAUAAAUCUUCAACCUGCAAAACAGUUGCCGUAAAAAUGCUUAAAGAAUGUGCAACUACUAACGAAUGCAAGGCUUUAAUGUCUGAACUGAAGAUCCUCAUCCACAUAGGACACCAUCUGAAUGUAGUCAACCUGCUGGGAGCCUGCACCAAAGCUGGAGGUCCUCUGAUGGUCAUAGUAGAAUACUGCAAAUAUGGAAACCUCUCCAACUACUUAAGAGGAAAACGAGGCGAUUUCAUUGCAUACAAGUCGCAGGACAACUCUGAGCAAGCAGAGAAAAGUCUGGAUGAGUCCAACAGUGACUUGACCGAACUGAUCAAGAGGCGCCUUGAGAGCGUAGCCAGCACAGGCAGCUCUGCCAGCUCAGGAUUUAUUGAAGAUAAGAGUUACAGCGAUUCAGAAGAUGAUGAAGAAGAUGCUGAGGAUCUGUACAAGCGGCCCCUGACUUUGGAGGAUCUGAUUUGCUACAGCUUCCAAGUGGCAAAAGGCAUGGAGUUCCUCGCCUCCCGAAAAUGCAUCCAUCGGGAUUUGGCAGCCAGGAACAUCCUUCUUUCAGAGAACAACGUGGUCAAAAUCUGUGACUUUGGACUAGCCAGGGAUAUUUAUAAAGACCCUGACUAUGUACGGAAAGGAGAUGCAAGACUUCCACUCAAAUGGAUGGCUCCAGAAGCUAUUUUCGAUAAAAUUUACACAACGCAGAGUGACGUGUGGUCUUUUGGAGUGCUGCUGUGGGAAAUAUUUUCUCUAGGUGCCUCCCCAUACCCUGGAGUACAGAUAGACGAGGACUUUUGCCGACGGCUCAAAGAAGGAACGCGGAUGCGAUCUCCGGAGUACUCCACUCCAGAAGUUUACCAGACAAUGCUGGACUGUUGGCACGGAGUACCCACCGAGAGGCCGACUUUCACGGAGCUUGUGGAACGCUUAGGAGAUCUUCUUCAAGCCAACGUACAGCAGGAUGGCAAAGACUAUAUUCCACUGAACAUCACCUUGUGCCCUGAUGGAGAACCUAACUCCAAAACUUGCCCCGUGGAAGAAAACGUGAGCAACUGUGUUAAUCGCUGGAGUGCAGUGGAAACUGGUAACAACAGCAAGAAGCGCCCACUGAGUGUGAAGACAUUUGAUGAAGUGCCAGUGGAAAAGGAGAAAGUGAUGCAUGAGGAGUCAGACAGUGGAAUGGUGCUGACCUCAGAUGAGAUCAAAAGCCCAAAGAGGCUGGAAAUCCGUUCUUGGCCUUACGGGAUCAUGGCUCUAGCGCGGAGAGCCGUUAGCAAGAGCAAAGAAUCCAUAUUUUCUGACCACGAGCGUGAGGCUGUCAAAUACCAGCCAGCAGUGCAGGCAGAAGAGGACACCAUGGACUUCACACUGGAAGACUCCGUUCUCCUUCCUAUGGAUCCGACCCUGGAGUGCCACAGCCCACCCCCGGAUUACAACUCCGUCAUUCACUACUCAGCCCCUCCGGUGUAA